AUGAUGAUGGAGAAGUCCCAUGAAUUUGACAGCCCUCAAGGAGGCCAGGAAAGGAGCAGGAGAGGCAUCCUGAGGUCCACCAAGAGUGCAUGGGUUCCCCUGGAUGAGCAGCUGCCUCCUGGCUCUGAGGUGGAAAGCCAGAGCCUCACCACCCCCACGCUGGAAAGUUCCAAACAAGAAAGUAUUCAGCAGUGGCUGGACUCGGGGUUCUUUGUCUCUGCAGAUGAAAACUUUCAGCAAGUCACCGACCACACAGUCCGUCCGCACGAACAAGGAAUGGCUCACAUGACCGUGAGGGACUACAUGAGAUCUCUGCACCAGUGCUCAGAAACGCCCAGCCUGUCCCGAGGGACCAGCUUCAACUCGUGCCACUCUGCCGUGAGUAUACCGCAAAGUAUUCCUGAAUGGCUGGAAUUUUGGGAAAAAGAUCCAGUGGAGAUUCUGUUGGAUCUGGGGUUUGGUGCUGACGAGCCCGACAUCUGCACAAAAGUUCCAACCAGGUUCCUAGAUUGUGACUCAGCAGCCAGAGGAAUCAAUAUCUGCGUCUUCCUUGAAGCUCAGAAGCAGCGAAUGGACAUAGAGAACCCUAACUUGUAUGACCGUUUCCAACAGCUGGAAAUCCUGGAUCAUGUGGCCAAUGCCUUCUCAUCUUUGCUCAGUGAUGUUAACACCAUGCAGAGCAAAGCCGACGAGAAAGACAGAGAGGAAAGUGCUCAAGGAACCUCCAUGCGUGGAGCCCAGGAGCAUCAGAGAAGAAUGGGCGAACUUUUCAGGAGGGCCUCCAAGCCGAGCCUCAGGAGAAACAGGAGUUCCGACGUGUCAGAGUCUUUCAAGAAGAGGGAACAUUUUUCCACCCCGUCUGCAAGGUUACCAGCCGUGACAGACACCCUUGACCAAAGCCCGUUGUGUCCUUUGGCAGAGCAAGGGCCUCUCCAAGCCUCUGAUGACUCGAUGCCUAGCCAUCCUCCCCGAGCUCUUCUGAAAAGGCGGUGGCCUUACUCAGCCACACUGGCCCAUCAGGCUCCUCCCUCCCGUGUGCCCGAGGGAUCAGGCAAGGACAGAGCUCGAAAGGAAAGCUUGAUUCAGGCCGGCAAGCUCAAGAACUUGUCUGGUGCGAGGGAAGCACCGGAAUCCUUCGAAAUGGAAGAGGUGCAGAGCUUUGAAGAGGAGACUGGCGGUCCUCCUGACCUGACUUCAGGAACUGGAGGUCCCGCGGUGAGCAGAGCCGACAGCUGCCAGUCCGACAGCAGCGGGUUCCUGGAGGAGCCGCCCGAGCUGCCAGCCCCGCAGAUGUCAUCCUUGCCUGGAAGCCAGAGUCCUGCUGAGAAUGGAUGUGGAAAGCCAACGGAUCAGAGCCAGCCCUUAGGGUCACCCCAGGACUGCCAGCAAGAGUCGGAUGAGUCUGAUUCCAAGACUAUAGUGAGCACAUCUUUUUCAAGUCAAGACUGGAGUGUCUUAGAAGAAAAGUCCUCAACAUCUGUGGUGGAGAAAGAGUCUCAGCUUGAGGCCUCGGAGGGACAACCAGAACUGAUGACCUCAGAUGUGGCCCUGGACAAGGCCACCACUGGGGGAGAGUACCCAAGGAAAGACAGCCAUUGGAGGCAGCCCCCACCCAUGCCCCACACUCAACAUGAGGCCAGUGUCGGCAUGAUGACCUCCAGAUGUGACCGUCCUCUGGAGUUUACGGGGACCCACAUCACAGAAGGGAAGGAUGGGUUCCAGAGGCCUGAGGGAGCUGGGGAUGUGUACGUGCAAAGCUACCACUGUGAGUCUCAGAGGUCACCUGGAAUGGAUCCCACUCAAGACAAGUUCCUUCAUGUUGACUCUGAAGCCCCAAGAGUAGUGGAAGGCAGUCAGCUCUGUCCUGACAUCAACUCCUUACUGACAGAGCAUGUCCCCAAGCCCAGCAAAAUCACGCCCCAUACAGUUGACCUUUGUCAAACAUCUGAAAAGUGCAUUCCCCACCUAGGUAAGCUGCCUGGAACUACUGCUCCCCAAGCAAAGCCAAGGGGUAGUGCUUUGGGUCAAAUACCACCCAGGGCAGAAUCUGAGAUGGGAACCCUUCCUUCGAAUGCUGACUCAACCACUGUUAGCUCCGGGUCUGUGACAACCCAGAUGUCGUCCAAUAUGGUGUCAGCUGCUCAGAAUGCUGUGGCCUUGGGGACUUAUGCUAGAAAAACAACUUUGGAAUGCACUGUGCGUGACCCUAUUCGCACAGCAGAACCAAGUCUGGGGACGGAAGCCAGACAGUUCAGUGACGUUUCUGUUCAGACUUAUUUGUGUGAGCCCAGGUCCUGGCAUCGCUGCUCAGCUCCACCUAACAAGGCCCAGCCCCUCACCAAAUCUGUCUCUCUAGACACAGGCUUCCCUAGGAGCUGCCCAGCAGACACCUGUCGUGCCAUACCUGCCCACUGCUGUGCCUGCUGUCAUCACGGUCCCCACUGCCUCUGGGGGAGACAGAGCCCCGGCCCUGCGCCCUCAGCCGGUAGGCCUGGCCCGUGCUCACACCGUCACUGGGAAGCCCAGUUCCUGAAGACCUUGACAGUCCUUCAGGACACCGCGGUGCGGGAGCUGUGCUCUUGCACCAUCCACGAGAUGGAAGCAAUGAAGACACUGUGCCGGGGUUUCCGGGAGCACUUAGAGGAAAUUGAAGAGCACCUCACAGGACAGCAGGCCCUCUUUUCCAGGGACCUGUCAGAUGAGGAAAGGAAGGAGGCUGAGCAACUGCAAGCUUUACGCAAGGCCCUGCGGCAGCAGGUGGAGGAGCUGGAGUUUCAGUUUGGAGACCGGGCUAGGCAAAUCAGAGAAGGGAUCCUGUUGCAGCUUGAGCUUCUCACAAGAGAACCAACUGAAUGCUAUACAGAACUGCACCAAUAUGACUGGACAGAAGAAAAGAAUAGCCAGAUUUCAUGUCCCCAAAUCCACCCAGCUGUGGCCUCUGGGGCUGCCUGUCCUCCUGAUGAUGGCCAGCAAGAUCACCAGCAGGCUCCUUGCUCAGGUGGAAGCUGUUUGGCUGCCAGUCCUCCACACACCUCAGAGAGCCACACCAAGAUGUCUCCUGCAGCUCAGGAAGAGUUAGGUCCAGCCCCUUUGUCAAACUGUCCUGUUGGAGAGAAGGAUACUGGUGUCUUCCUCUAG